AUGCAUGCCGGGCAGACUGCACGAUAUCCCGGCCGAAUACAUUUGGCCGUGUCACAGGCUCUGCAGCUGCCUGAGCACCGAGCAUCGAUGGGAUCAGGACAGCAAAGCAACCCACUUUGGCACUCCAGCAUCGUUCCGCGCACGUAUUUGCUGCCGCCCUCCGCUUCCACCUCGAUCAAGGCAAUGCAAGUCCAGUCCAAUCCUGACAGCGCAUACGCAAAGCGCUUCGAUCAACAAGGAGGGGUCCAGCGGCAUAUGACGAAGGCUGGAGCUCGCCGGUCGCAAAGCUCGCAGAUUGGAGGGAACGACGUUUUCAACAAUGCUGAUCGCGACAUGCUCGAUACUUGA